AUGCCCAACGUGUAUAUUUUACCAAUGAAAAUGUUCAAGAGAGAGUGGCACGUCCACCAGCAACAACAUUAACCACAUAUUUUCAAUUGUGCGCAAGUGAUGAAUUUGCCAGAAUUUUGCUGUAUUCAGAUAUAAUGCAUUAUUACACUUAAAAAAAAAACAAAAAACAUAGCAACGGCGUAAAAAGGGAACAGCAGUUGAUGGCCAUCCAGGUCUUUUCUAUACAGAAACAAUGGGUAGACUAUACACAGUUCAUCCAAAUAUGGUAGAAUGUUAUUAUUUGCGGCUGUUGUUAGUGAAUGUUGUGGGGCCGCGUUCAUUUGAAGAUUUGCGAACAAUUAAUGGUCAUUUAUGUGCUACGUAUCGUGAAGCGUGUGAGCAUUUGGGUUUACUGGAAAAUUAUGCAUGUUGGGAUUCAUUACUUCAAGAUGCAUCGAUCGUUUCAUUUCCACAUCAAAUACGUAUGCUGUAUGCCAUAAUAAUAUCAACAUGUUUCCCAUCGAAUCCGAUUGAAUUGUGGAAUAAAUAUCGAGAUUUUAUGACAGAAGACUUUUUGAUUCGAAUGCGCCAUCACACAGGAAACUUUAAUUUGAUCAUAACAUUGGAAAUGUAUAAUGAGGCAUUAAUAGCGAUUGAAGAUAUGUGCCUUACGAUCGCCAAUAAAGCAUUGGGACAAUUAGGUAUGAUUUCACCCAAUCGUCCAAUGCAUGAUUUUUUCGAUGGAGAAUUACGACGAAAACAACAGUAUGAUAUCAAUGAAUUGCAAACAUUUGUGAAUUUAAAUGUUCCCAAAUUAAAUGACCAACAAAAAAAUGUGUACGAUACCAUCAUGCAAGCAGUACAAAAUGAAGCCGGUGGAUUGUAUUUUUUGGAUGCGCCCGGUGGUACGGGUAAAACAUUUGUAAUAUCACUCAUUUUGGCAAACAUUCGAGUGCAAGGGAAAAUUGCAUUGGCACUUGCUUCGUCUGGAAUAGCUGCUACUCUGUUGGAUGGAGGACGAACAGCCCACUCUGCAUUAAAAUUACCAUUAAAUGUGCAGGUGAUUGAGAAUCCCACGUGCAAUAUAUCAAGAAAUUCUGCGAUGGCGAAAGUUUUGCAGCAAACAGCAAUUAUUUUAUUGGAUGAAUGUACAAUGACGCACAAAAAAUCCCUUGAAGCAAUACACUGCACAAUGCAAGAUCUGCGUGGCAAUCAUAACAUUUUUGGUGGUGCAUUGAUAUUAUUGUCAGGUGAUUUUAGGCAAACACUUCUCGUAAUUUCACGCUCACCACCGGCAGAUGAGAUCAAUGCGUGCCUAAAGUCUUCUUUCAUGUGGAGAUAUGUGCGAAAAUUGACGCUAAACAUAAACAUGCGUGUUCAGUUGCAGAAUGAUCAAUCUGCAGAUCGGUUUUCGAAGCAAUUGUUGGAAAUCGGAAAUGGCAAAGUUCAAAUCGAUAACACAAACGGUUUAAUUAGUUUGCCAAACAAUUUUUGUACAAUUCUCCAAUCAAAAGAAGAAUUGAUUAAACGAGUGUUUCCAAAUAUUAUCCAGAAUCAUAGGAAUCACAAUUGGUUGAGUGAACGCGCAAUUCUGGCACCAAAAAAAUGUGCAAGUCAAUGCUAUCAAUUAUCUCAUCCAAGAAAAAUUGCCUGGUGCAGUAAUAUCAUACAAAUCUAUUGAUAGCGCAUUGAAUAAAG